CCACCAACAGCGACUUGGCGUCGUCGAUCUUAUGGACGCUACAUUAGUACCUCACCGAGUGCCCCUCCCUCGAAAAAGCCGCAGCAAGCCGCAACGCGACCCGAACAAUCUACCCACAUUACUGCCCAGCUCACCAUGGCGAACAGCAACCUCCAAAACACUCCACCACAACCUGCUGCCAACCAACAACACACCCGGACAUACCAGGCCUGCAUUCCCUGCCGCCGCCGCAAAGUGCGCUGCGACCUAGGUCCCGUCGACAAUCCUCACGAUCCACCAUGUGUGCGGUGUCGCCGUGAAUCCAAAGAAUGCUAUUUUUCGGCCACAAGGCGCAAACGAAAAGGCCAGGACGGCGCCGACGACUACGAUGAGCAGGACGACUACGAGCUGCGCAAUGGCCGGAAGCGCCACAAGUCCUCUGAUGCCAGUUCCCAACCAGCGUCCCUGCACCACCCGGCCACCACCAACCCCUCCGACUCCAGCAAUGCCGCCUACAUAUCGCAGCCCCUCACUCCCGGCGGUUCUGUAGGCCGUUACGAACCAUUGCGCCGCCCCACCACGGCCACCCAGCCCCAGAACGAUGAGGAGGAUCGCAAGAUGGCUGAUACGGCUACUGCUGUUAUGCAGACAGGCGAAAUCUACAGCGGCCACGAUGCGUUGAAUCUACUGUUUCAAGCAGCGGGGAGGGAUCUGCAAGAACAUCACCGUACUGGCAGUACAUCGAGUGCCAACCGCCCCAGUAUUGGCACUCCAGGCUCUCAGACCAAUCUCGCCAGUCCCCAAGCCGUUACGGCGACACAUGCCCGCAACCCUUCGCGCAUUGUCGCAGAGCCAAUCGUGGACCCCGCCAUAUCGCACCAGUCUCCCGGUCUGCCAGAUCCCCCCAACGAGGCUUCGUUUAACGACGCUGUCAGAGCGUGGUCCAAGUUCCGUUUUGUGCGCGCUGGCUGGCUGACCGCAAAGGAGGCCGUGAGAUACAUCGACUAUUUCUACACCUACCUGUCACCGCUGACGCCUAUUGUUGUGCCCGACUACCGCGAUCAUGCCAUGCACGCAAAGAUGUUGAGAGAGGAGCCAAUGCUGGUCAUCACAUUGCUCACCAUAGCAUCUCGGUUUAGGACUCCAGAUACUCCCUCGCGUGCCGGUGCGGUGUCGCGCUCUUAUCUGAUCCACGACAAGUUUUGGAAGUACCUUCAGGGCAUGAUAGACCGUACCAUAUACGGCCAGGAGCAGUUUGGGGGUGGCUUCUGCGGCGCUGGCCAGCAACCUGGAUCCGAUGUGAAUCCUCUCACCCGCAAAGGCUUGCGUACUUUAGGUACUGUGGAGAGCUUGAUGCUGCUCACCGAGUGGCAUCCACGGGCUCUUCAUUUUCCUCCGGGUGAUGAUGACGAUGAGCUGGUUCCAACAGACGAUGUAUUCGGUGGUGAGAUGCCCGCGGAGCCUGGGGCACCCAAUCUUGAAGGCGAGAGUGGUCAACGCAUUGACAGUUGGCUUGAACCUUGCUGGAGGAGCGAUCGUAUGUGCUGGAUGCUGUUGGGGAAUGCCAUGUCUUUGGCUUACGAAAUCGGUGUCUUUGAUGAAACGAGUGAACUCGAAUUCGAGGAAGCCAACCAACACCUCUCCCAUGCGACCGUCAAAGCCUACUUCAGACGGAAGAAUCAUCUCAAAAAUCUGCUUGUCAUAUACGUCACACAGACUAGUGGCCGAUUGGGUCUCACCUCCAUGCUUCCAAAGACUUUGCGUGAGGAUGAAUUACAGUCCCAGCAGACUCCUCUUGAGCUGUUCAAUGCUCGGAAAGCGCUCAUCAGAGCUCCUCCUCUCCACCACAGCACGAGGUCGGAUGGCCAGCGUCUUCCUCUGGAGUCGAUUGCCACACAAGAGAGGCAUGCCGUUCAGGAUCUUGUCCUCGACUUCUGGGAUCGCAUUGCAAAGACAAUGGAAAUGGGCAACCUAAAGCUUUUCCCCAACCGCCGGAAAACACGGGAAUUGCUGAAGUCGGGGAAAUAUGAAGAGGUGCUGAAGGGAUUCCAAACUCCUAUCACCGACUGGAAGCGAGGUUUCGAUCAAGCUCCUCAAGUUCCCGCGUUACUUCGCCACGUCCUCACAAUCGAAUAUGAGUAUACACGGGUCUACCUCAAUUCUUUAGCUUUGCAAGCAGUAGUAGAACGCUGCACGCACAACACCCCGUUACAACCACAUGCCCAACCAAAUGGCAUGGGACCGCAACCCAGUUCGCGUAACAGCGAUUCCAACGGAGGUGCCAUCCCGUUCAGCACCCUAGUCAGAUGGUAUGGCAACGAUAGACACCACAUCCGCGAAGUCGUCGAUGCCUCACGGAAUGUCCUCAAGGUAGUCGUCGACGAUCUCUUCCCGCACCAUCUUCGACACGCCCCAGUGCGCACCUUCUUCCGCAUCGUUUCUGUGGCCAUAAUAUGCCUCAAAACCUUUGCCCUCGGCGCCACCGAAGACGACGUAGCCAUCACACUUGGACUCCUCGACCGCGCCGUCUACGCUCUGCGCACCUCCAUUGUCGACGAUGUACAUGUAGGAAAUCGUUUCGCCGAUCUCGUGGACACGCUAACCCACCGCAUCCGUGGACGCUUCGUACGUCUUGCAGUCAACGGUGGCGGCGCAAACUCUUCGGGCAUCUCGCGCGCCGAAUCCCCCUCUCCACCCCACACCCGCGGCCAAACCCCCAUGAUGCCACCACCCCCUCCACUGAUGCCUCACCAGACCCAGCAACUCCAACCCCAGCACCAAACCCAAGGCUUCCCUUUCACCCAACCUACGGGUUCCUCCGUCCCCGGAAGCCCCAGCAUCGGCAUCACAGCCAGCGGCCGCGCAACACCGAUACCUUCUCACCCCCUCUUCGGCAUCUCCUCCGAACCCUACGACCCAAAUUCAAACUCCAUCUCCAUCAUGCCACCGCCAGGCUUCAACGCAAGCAAUUACUCCUUCAAUAACAAUAACAACUCGAACAACUCGAACGAUUCAUCGUCAGGAAGCUGGCAGCACUGGAGUAACAGCGGCAAUGUUAAUGGCAAUGGCAGUGGGAAUGGUGGUGGUGGGUUCGAUCAAGAUUGGCUCGCGUUACCACUCGACCCGUUACUAGACCAGUGGGGCGCGGAUAUCAAUCAGACGGCCAUGGGACCUGAUGUUGGCGGGUUGGAUAUGUUGGAUAUUUUGCUGAAUAUGGGCGGGCCGCCUGGCAGUGCUUAG